CGACGCGUCUGCUGUGCAGUCUAGUUUGCGAGUGUCUUGAUCGUACUCUCACUCUGAUCUUCAUCGGGAAUUAAAAGUUUGCUUCAACCUUGUGAAAAAUAAUUUUAGACAUGGAAAGAUUUAUUUGGAUAUACUCGGCACUACUUGUGCUGCUGGUUGCUGCUUCGGACGCAGCUAAUUUAUCACAAUUGGUUAAGAAACAAACUCAAGCGAAGCAGACGCUUAUAUCGCCAUCAUUACAGCAGCAGCAGCAGGGGAAUUCCCUUAGUGCCUCAGUCGCCCAGCAGCAAUAUGGGCAGGAAUCCGAGCUGCCAGCUGAGCAGCAGGACAUCAAGAGCGAAGAAGAGGAUGAUGCUUAUCAAAUGCUUCACGAUUUAAAGCAGGACUCGCGACUCCCAGUCUCCCACUCCAACUAUGCGUGGAGUCCCUACGCAGCCACUAACUCGCCCAUCAAUCCUUAUGAAAGUCUUCCAUCAGGCGGGGCAGCGAUUCCCAUGCCGAAGAUGCUGCCAUUUAUUGGCUACGCUCAGCCUGUGCUCAUUCCCUUCCCAUUGUAUAUAGCUCCCGACAUGUUCUAUCCUUCGUAUCCGGGCGCUAACAACGAUCUGGAGGAUGUGGUCAUGUCCAGGGCAGCCGGCGAAAGACGACCCCUCUCGUCACAUUCAUCCCGCAACUCGCCCAUCUACUACGUGCGCUUACCACCCACACCUUAUAUGUUUGUGCCCACAAAUCUGGCGCCUAGUCCCUUUGGAAGCAGUUUCUCGCCUUUGCUGACUUAUCAGCCUAUGCCGACGUUUUCCACCUUUGGCUCUGUAUUCAAUCUACCCGUUAAUUUUCUGGCGAACGGGAAACCUUCAGGAAUUUAUCAAAUGAAUGGCGCGUCCAAUGAGAUAUCAUCGUUCUCUCAGGGAAUCGGAGGUAACAACUUCAAUGUGCGCCCACCCACGCCUAGCAAUCCCUAUAGACCGAUGCCUCCAUCUCCAUCGACUGGUUAUGGACAUGCUCAGCAGAGCUUUGGCCUCUCCACUUUGCCAGCACCGCAACAGGACUCCAAACUAACUUCUCUUAAGCGUCCAUUUGUGUUCAAUGGCCGUCCCGACGAUAUCUAUAUAUUACCCAACAAUAUAUACAACUAUAAUGAACAGAGUUACUACUGAUGACACUUAU